GAAGAAUUGCCUCUGGUCUUUAUGUCCCUGUCGACGUUGGCUUCCAGAAUUGGGUUUCUCAUUUCACAUACAUUUACCGGGAGAGCCCUCAUCCCUACUCGUUUCUCCUCCACCAAGAUGGCUUUGGAAUCCUACAAUUUUGGACCGUACAAAAUCGACAGCAGGGAAGUGUUUUACAACACUAAUCUGUCGUAUGCCUUGGUUAAUCUGCGCCCUGUUGUUCCUGGUCAUAUCCUUAUUUGGUUUGAAUUGAAAUGUUGUUCUGGGUUAAGUAAGGCAUUGUUUUGCUCAUGGAAGUUGCGUGAAGUGAAGCGCUUUGUUGAUCUCACCGUUGAUGAGACCAGUGAUCUUUGGCUCACAGCACAAAAGGUUGGCAGUCGGCUUGAGAGCUACCACAAAGCAACAUCUCUAACACUUACGAUUCAAGAUGGUCCCCAAGCAGGGCAGACUGUACCUCAUGUUCAUAUCCAUAUUCUUCCGCGCAAAGGUGGCGACUUUGAGAACAAUGAUGACAUUUAUGAUGCACUCGAUGAAAAGGAGAAGGAAUUAAAGCAGAAGCUUGACUUGGAUAAGGAGAGGAAGGACAGAAGCCUAGAGGAAAUGGCACAAGAAGCGGAGGAAUACAGAAAGCUCUUCUUAUAGAAACAGAUGUUAAGUUCCUUCUCUGACUUCCAAUGCCUGACAGAGAAGUAGAGAACCAGUGGCAUCAGAAACAUUAGCGUUAGGGAACUGUUCUGUAAUUUAUACUCCCUGAAUUACCUCCGGUGUGCUUGGAUGGUUAACUAUUGUUUGUUUAGUAGGCUCAAUCGAUUUAUGUCACUGAGAGCAGAAAACUGUUUUCCC